GGCCGCGCGCGGUCACGUGACUCUCGCUGUCCCUGCCCGGCCCCGCCGCCGCCAUGUCCAUCCGUGUGUUCCCCGCCGUCAAGUUUCUCAUCAAAGGAGGCCUGGCUGGAGCUGCUGUCUAUGUGGCGUAUGACCAGGGGCUGCUGGGCAGUGGCAAACAAGGUGCUGAUGCACUCAGAAAAGCUCAAGAAAUGGUGCCUCCAGUUGUCCAUGAGUGGACAAAUUACCUGGGCUUGGAGCUCCCACGUGUUCCAAAAUUUAACUUUUCCCUCUCGGCUUCCUGGAAUAAAGGAGUGCACACAGUCAUGUCUGCCUUGUCUGUAGCUCCCACCAAGGCCUGUGAAUACACAACAGAAGGCUGGAAAUACGUGAAGGAUCUUGUGAAAUGAGCACCUUCUCCAGGGUUCAGGAUUCUCUCAGUCCAGCCCUGUGGASGGCAGCUUGGCCGUGUAAGGGCUACAAUAAAAGACUUUGGAAGUUCCAUUUGUAUUUGGGUUGGUUUUAGCCUGCAGAGUGGAACAAUUGCUUUGUCUUAGCAUUGGUCAAAGGCUSCAGGGGUCACAAAUGAGUUGUGAURAAGUGCUGGCCSUGUGCUGAGUACAGCCUCUGUUCUAAAGCUUGAAAAUAAAGAAUUAUUCUGAAACAGAAUUAAUCUUGGAGGUGGAUGCUAUCUAACUCAAACCAAGCCUACAAGAGUUUAAAAAAAUACUAAAAAAACCAAGGUAAAAGAUGCUGUAAAGAUGGCCUAUGGUGAUUGUACAAGCACAGGGAGAGUAACUGAGCAAAGAUUAUCUGCACGAAACAUUUUGCUAGCUUGCACUAUGCCCCAGUUGGCAGACUCUGCAUAUUUUCAUUUCAGCAUGGAUGAAAACUUCCACGUGGUCACUUUUCAGUCACAGCCAAGGCAAAUGUAA